AUGUCACAGUCACUGACAUUUUCCCCGAGCAGCAAAUCUCAUCAUCAAACAUCACCCCCUCAGACCAAAGAAGGCAGCUGCUUCACCCAGGAAAAGAGCAACACCUUGAGCCUGAGAACUGCAGCAGUGAGCAGGAGGCACAGCGCUGAUGGAAUGAUCAGUUCACGGUCAGGGCGAGGGGACGUGGACCGUUUCCACCCGUAUCAGCGACAGUUCAGUGACGGAGCAGUGACAGAGUGCCUACAACAGUGCUCUUCUUCCUUUAGCAGUCUGCAUGAGGUGUGCAGUCCUGGCAGUCAUUCGCACAGCAGCAAUAUGCCACCAUCCUGGGACCAGUACAAUGGCAGCAUUCAGAACUCAUAUCCAGAGCUACCAGGCAUACAUGUGGAUCCUCCCUGUUUUCUAUCUCAGAGCUAUCCAUCCUACAGCUCAGCAAGUCCUCAACAACAGGUCUCUUCUAGACUGUAUCCUAACAAGGACCAGUCCAGCACCUCAAAAUAUAGUCUAUCCAGCCAGUCACACCAGGACGACACCACACAGUCCAUCUUUCCUAAGCCCAUUUACUCAUACAGCAUUUUGAUUUUCAUGGCUCUGAAGAACAGCAAAACAGGAAGUCUCCCAGUCAGCGAGAUCUACAGCUUCAUGACUGAACACUUCCCAUAUUUCAAGACGGCUCCUGAUGGAUGGAAGAACUCGGUGCGGCACAAUCUGUCCCUGAAUAAGUGCUUUGAGAAGGUGGAGAACAAGAAUGGCAGCACCUCUCGUAAAGGCUGCCUGUGGGCGCUCAAUCCAGCCAAGGUGGAGAAAAUGCAGGAGGAGCUGCACAAGUGGCGCCGGAAAGACCCCAUUACUAUUCGCAGGAGCAUGGCAAAGCCAGAAGAUCUUGAUAGACUACUGGGAGAAAGACCGGAAAGACUCAGGUCUGUGCCACCGAACCCCAAAUCAGGCACAUUAACCAGAGCGACCCCCGUCUACAACGCCUCCGCUUUUACUUGUACUCCACCUGAGCUUCGCCCAGCAUGCCAGCCCAUUUGCCAGUCACAGUAUGCUUACCUUCAGCCUCAGCAGCCCUUCUACCUCCCCCCUGCUGUCACACACCCCAGCAACUCAUUCGCCCUCUUCUCACCCUGUGGACAGCAGCCUGCGGCCGGUAUCCCAUCAUCCACUGGAAGCCUCAACUCACCGGUAGCUGGGAAGAUACCACCUGUUUAUAACAAUGCUCUCCAGUGUGAUUACAGUGUUGAGCCCAGGAUCACCAUGCAGGAGUUUCUGCUGGAGGGAGACACCACUUAUGACAUUGACAUGCUCAACCCCAGUCUGACUGACCUUCAGCUGCAAGGUAACCUGUGGGAGGAGCUGAGAGUCGACAGUCUGGUGGCAGAGCCACAAGUUAGCACAAGCUCGUCCGCUACCUUUGUCCCUCAGAACCACCACAUCCAGAGCAGCGGCCUGCACGUCGUGCCUCCCAUCAGUCAGACAUCAGCUGUGGUUGCCAGCGGUCGUUGUGAAGCGGAGGACGGGGACGAAGGGCAAAAUGUGGAGCAGCAUGGCUGUUUUAACGGACUAAAUCCUGUAUUAUAUUCAGGAGUGGAAAGCUUGGCUGGGUAUCUGACCUCCUGCACUGCAUCCGUCUCUUUAAUGUAAACCUUCGCUCUAUGGAUUUGAUGUACCAUGUGAGUCUGAACGAGGAAUAUAGUUUCAAGCAGU